UUCCGAAUUGCUUUGGACGAACAGUGUUCAGUCGAGACCGAGCUCACCCGCGAGUUAGUUCAAUUUUUCUCAUUAAACAGACAAAAUGGCCGAUGUACCAAAGCGUGAAGUUGAAAAUGUCGAAUUCGUAUUCGAAGUUAUGGGUUCGCCCGGUGUUGGCAUUGAUUGCUUUGAUUUAGGCGAUGCUCUCCGUGCCCUCAACUUGAACCCAACUUUGGCACUCAUUGAAAAAAUGGGCGGCACAAAGAAGCGUAAUGAGAAAAAAAUGACAAUGGAAGAAUUCCUCCCAGUUUACUCACAAGUUAAAAAAGAGAAGGAUCAAGGUUGCUACGAAGAUUUCAUUGAAUGUUUGAAAUUGUACGAUAAAGUAGAAAACGGCACCAUGCUUCUUGCUGAAUUGCAACACGCCCUCCUCUCAUUAGGUGAAGCUUUAGAUGAUGAACAAGUGGAGCAACUCUUCGCUGACUGCAUGGAUCCUGAGGAUGAUGAAGGUUUUAUCCCAUAUUCCCAAUUCGUCCAAAGAUUGAUGAGCGAUCCAGUCGUCUUCGACUAAACACAUUUUUAGCCAGAAUGUGUGACAGACCUGAUCAGCUAUAAA